ACGGGUUUCCGCCUUAUUUAUCAGCGUAAAUCUUGCAAAAAACAUUUCAUAUUAUACAUUUUUAAAAUAUUGAGUGUAAAUUUAUAACAUUAUUAUUUGUGUUAUAUUACCCUGGAAUUAGUUUUAAAAACGGAAUUACCACAGCUGUGACAGUAAAUUUGGCAUCUUUUCCCAUCUGGCUGUCUUAAUCCACUGCUCUCUGUUUUUUUCCUCUUCUAGAAAGUCAUUCAAAUGUAAUAGUGGAUUUUUUCUUUUGCUCUUGGAGCAAAUACGUAAGUGAAAAUAGUAUUUGCUGUGAUCUCCCAUCCACUCCCAUUCACCGCUGUCGAAGUUUACCCUGCAAACAUUUACUUUCACGUUCCAAACCCGGAGUGUGAAAAAGGUUUAUUCAGGAUGGCUGAUGUCAGCAGCCUAGAGGAGAGGAGUUUGGAAGUUCUGGAUAUUCCUGAUGAUAUGGACGAUGACUUACUCAUGCUGUACUUUGAAAACAAGCGGCGCUCAGGAGGAGGGGAUGUGGUUUCUCUGGUGAGACAUGGAAACAAAGCAGUAGUGGUAUUUAAAGAGGCUGAUGUUGCAGCCAGAAUUCUCGCCAAGUCCCAUGUCCUCCAAGAAACCAGAUUGACAGUGCGUAAAAAACCACCAAAGGACCGUGGAAAACUGCUGCUGAGAGGGCUCAAUCCAAACACUAGCCUGAAGUUAGUGGAACUUUAUGUAGAAAGCCUUACUGAAAUGGAGUCUGAUGUGGAUUUCGCUCUGUAUCCGUCUCCAAGCAAGGACCUGGUUCUAAUACAGCUACAUGCACGCUUGUCUAAAGGUGCCUUAGAUUUCCAGACACUUUGUGACAAGGUUUCUAAGAAGGAUGUUGACGGAGCAAAGAUCACUCUGGAGCAGGUCGAAUCUACAGACUCCAUUGUAGUGGCCAACCUGACUCCCAGUUUCACAGAGGACAUGCUAGAGCUCUACUUUGGAAGUAGUCGUGGUGGAGGGGUGGACGUCCUAGGAGUUACCAUGCUGACAGAGGGAUGUGCUAAAGUGUCCUUCAAUGAUGUUAAAUCUGUGGACUGUGUUCUCCAGAAAUCCCAUAAUCUGGAAGGUACAGAUUUAAUCGUCAAGCCGUACUAUGACUUCCUGCAAGCGGUGGUGGAUGAGUCAACUGUGAGAGCUCAUAAUGUACAGGGAACGUUAUUGGAGGAGACAGACCAGAUUGAGACUAGAAUCAGCUCUGUCUCAGCCCCAAGUCCUACUGCUUAUGAUCCAAUGACAGGCACCAGCUUAGAACAUAGUGUUGCUCUCACAAACAAUGUCACAAGUUUAGUUAGUAGAACUGCUGCAACAUCAUCUAAAGUUGAGCCCAAGGAUACUGAACCAUCUACUCCAAAGGAAAGUUUUAGCUUCAUAUCUGUGCCUGAUUCCACCAAACUUAAGAUGCUCAGUUUGAGUAACCUACCAGAGAACCUCACGAAAGCUCACCCCAAUUUUGAGGUCAGUCUGAAAAAAGAUGGCGUCCAAAUCAAAGGUCCAGACCAACUUGAGGUUGAAAGACUCAAAAGCAAAGUUUUGGAGAUCCUAACUGGUAUUGCACAGGCACAUUUGACAUAUGAGACCAUCAAAGCAGAAUUUCUAGGAAGGGAGGAUGUUAAAAAGAGGCUGCAUUUGUCCUUAAAAUGUUUACCAUCAACAUACAGUGUGUCAGACUGUAUGGUCACUGUAACGUCUUUGUCUCAUAGCGGGGUCAAGAAGGCACGUGACCUUAUAGAGUCCCAGAUAGCUGAGUUUAGUGUGUUGAUAGACAGAGAGUACAAAUCUGUGCUCUUCUCACAAGAGUGCUCUGACUUCCUUGACUCUCUGGAUUUCUGCAGUGCCAAAGUAUCGGACACUGGUGAAAUGAUUACUGCGGUCACCCUGAAAGGGAUGGAAAAAGAGAAUAAAGAAAAGGUUGUUCAGUUUCUGAGCACACCAAUUCAGAGGGAGACUGUCCUCACUAUGGAGCCAGGACUGCUCACAUUCCUACAACUCCAUCAUCAAGAUCUACUGGCAGACAUGGGAGAGGUCAUCUUAUUCCCACUGGAGACCGGUGAUGGAUUGAGUAUCCAGGGAGAUCUAAAUGCAUGUCAGAUGGCAGAGGAGGUGUUGAGGAGUGUAAUCGGCUCGACCUGCUCAAAGUGCAUUGUGGUCAGUCAGCCUGGCAUUUCCCGCUUCCUGUUGGAGGAGGAGGGUGCCAACAUACUGGCAGAGAUGACAGCCAAGUUCCAGGUGUACAUCAACAUGGAGAAGGUGCACUGGGAACCACUAGAGGACAAAGAUAUAUUUGAGCUGGCAUGGAAAAUGACUCCCUGUCAAAACUUUGUGAGAAGUUCCUCAAGAAAUUCUGUUCAGGACUUCACUGUUGGAGCUCCAGUUGUCAGUAAUCUUAAUGCCACUGAUGCCCACACUUCAGCUCGUAUAGAAGCAGCUAAGAGGAUCUUGUCCGUCAUUGGCAGUGAUCUGACCCCAGAACCUUCUAGUUAAAGAGCCACAGACAUGGAAGAGGACGAUCUGUACUCAGACCAGGCCCAAGAUGCCUCAGCUAUGCAGGAAGAUAACAGUGACCUACCUCAGGCAUUGCAGGCUGUUGACGUCCUGAGUUCCUCUACACCCAUGAACACCUGCAGUCUAGAGGACGAUGCAAGGCUCAUGUUGGCGAUUCAGCUAUCUAUGGAUAUCAACCAAAGAACAGACACCGAUGAUCUCCAGAAAGUUCUCGAACUUUCCAAGAGUGAAUCCAUGGCAACUGAGGAAAACAUGCAGUUUGAGAAGGCUGUCGAGAUAUCAUUGCAGGACACCAUCAAAGCAUACAAUACGGCUGAGAUCUUCGUGUAUGCUAACUAUACCCAUGAUCUUGUUAGGGUAGACAUUGCAUUGGGGAAGAAGGUGGGGUUGAGGCACUGUGAGGAGAAGUUAGAACACAAGAAACUGCUGAAGAUUUCAUCCCACCAGAAGAGAUGCAUAGAGCUUAUUAAGAGAAAGCAUGCCGUAGACAUCAACAUUCAAGGCACGACCGCCAUAAUUUCUGGCUUUAAAGAUUACGUCUCUGAAGCCAUCACUGAACUGAAGAACUUCAUGAAAAGGGCAGCGAAUAUGAUGAGUGAUGGUGAAAUCAUAAAGACUGUACAGUGGGUGUGGCAUGAGCACGGGUCCGCUACAGCGAUACCGUACCCACCAGAUGCCAUAGUGUUUAUUGAGAAUGCUUGGAAGAUGAAACAGAAAAAGAUUGAUAUUCUGUUCAACAAUCAGCCAUACAGCAUUGACUUUGAGAAGAUGGAGGAGUACAGUUUGGCAUCUGGGAAAUCUGUGCCUAUUAAACGGAACAUGCUGAGCACAGAGGACUUGUAUACAGAUGGCACAGAAGAAGAUUACAGUCUGCUGUCCAACAUGCCUGAAGUGUCUGAAGUGGAUGAAGACUCAGAUGAAUUUCAGAAAGUGACCAAAGACUUCUAUGACACCAUUCAGGAACACCACAACAGAAUUAAAAUCAUUAAGGUCGAGAAACUCAAGAACAAACUUCUGUAUGACCAGUACAGGCUGAAGAAGGCCAGUAUGGAGCGCAGCUCCUCUGUGCUGGAGGUGGAACGCACUCUCUACCACGGCACCAGUGAGAACAGCGUAAAGGAGAUCUGUAUUCACGGCUUCAACAGAAGCUUCUGUGGAAAAAAUGCUACUGUGUAUGGUCAGGGUGUGUACUUUGCUGUUAACUCUGCUCUGUCUGUAUCGGACACCUACUCUCCACCUAAUGCAGAUAGCCACAAGUUUAUUUUGGUUGCCAGAGUUCUGACAGGAGACUUCACAGUGGGCCAACAUGCAAUGAAGGCGGCUCCGCUCAAAGAGAACUCUGCCAUACCUGUCAGAUAUCACAGCGUGACAGAUAAAAUCCACGAUCCAACUUUAUUUGUCAUCUUCAAUGACACACAGGCCUAUCCAGAGUACCUUAUCACAUGCAAGAAGACCUACAGUUGAUCACAUAGUCUCAUAAAAUAUUUCCAGCAGUCAUCAUUUGAGAAUGAGUGUUUAAUCAUAAAGUCUGCUCUUUCUUAGUGCUGACAUUUCUUUUUCUUUAAAUCAAAUUUAGUCUGAACAGUAGUUGUGACUGUAGCUGAAACUCCUUUGUUUUCUUUUUUAUGAAUAAUUUGAUUCUCCUUCUGAAAACAAAGGACAGAAUACACUGUACUUUUUAUUUUCUCGUUGGUUUACUUUAGUCUAUCAUAACUAUUGAUAGGUUUUUUUUUUUUUUUUUUUUUUUUUUUUACAUAAAACGUAGGCCACAUAAUCUCAAAUCUAAAAUGAGAUAUUGUUUGAAUUGAAGGGAUAGAUCCUCCAAAAAUGACAAUUCUGUUAUUAUUUAAGAGGGUUUCAUGUCAUUCCAUCAAACCCAUACUUUGAUCCAUGGAACACAAAAGAUGUUUGGCAGAAUGUUGUGGACUGACAACCUCAGUCACUUCAAUUCAUCAGGUAAUUCACAACCUCAAUUCAUUUUCAUUACAUGGAAAAAAAGAGCAGCAUCAACAUUUUUUGUUUCUCAUGUAUUGCACGGAAAAAGACAUAUGAAAACAAGUCAUAAAUUUUUGAAACAACACAAAAGUAAGUAAAUGAUGACCUGUCCGAUUCACAUCACUCACAGUUUAAGUUUGGAUUUUUAUUGGAUGUUUGUGAGUAAAUAAAUGCUUAAAUGAAGCAGCCCCCCCAGCGGAAUACAUGUUUUUGCAAUAUAUAUAUAUUUUUUAAUCAGUAUUGCUGCUGUCACUCAUACAAUAAAUACAUGUUUUUCUUUAUGAAUUGAUUGUAGUAUUGUUGUAGUGGUCAAUUAUGUUGUAGUGUAACACUUUAUAUAAACUGUAAUGAACAUAUAUGAACAUAUAUGGGAAAAUCACUAUCAAGCAUCAUGAAAAUGGAAAUCAUCCAGUACUGUGGUGACAAUGAGUUAUUAUAAAUUGGAGUCAAUUACAAGCAAUAAAAUAAAUACAUUUUUACAUCGAAAAAAAUGACAAACGUAAAUUAGUGUACAUGAAGGCGCAAGAAGUAUAGCAUGCACUUUUAACAUUUAUUCCUUAAAGCUUACUGGUAUCUGUUUUUAUGUAACUAGAACUUAUUUUUUAAGUUAUAAUUAAGUUUCACAAUAAUGGCUAGUAUAAUUAAAACUAAUUUAGUACUUAUUCAGUAUCUACUGAAUAAGUACUAAAUUUUUUUAAAUUAUACUAGUACUUAUUCCAAUAGACACUAGUAUCUAUUCAAUAGUCACUAGUACUUAUUCUUCAUGUACUAGUACUUAUUUCUUUGGUAGUAGUCACUAUUCUAACGAUGAGAACGAACUAUUCCAUUAUUACUGGUAACAAAUAGCAGAUUUUUGACACUGAUUUCUCAAGGGAUCUGUGGUUCAAGUAUAAACUAUUCACUACAGACUAGUAUAAUUUCCAACAGUGACAAGUUUCUUUUUUUAAUUUUGUUAGUAACUAUUCAGAAGAUACUAUUACUUAUUCAUUACAUACUAGUACUUAAUCCAGUAGUGACUACUACUUAUUUAUUAGACACUAGCAGGGGUGUACAGUUACAAAUUACAAAUACUCUUGUUACUGUAAUUGAGUAGUUUUUCCCAGAAAUUGUACUACUUUUAGCAGUUUGAGUAUAUUUUAAGUGAUGUAUGUAAUUUUACUUUGCUAUUUUCCCUCUGUCUGUGUUCGCUACAUCCCUGUCCUGGUUUUUUGUUAUUCAUCAGCGUGAUUGAGAAGAAUGACUCCCAUCAAAUCACGCAUAGAAAACUUGAAUGGCAAUAGAAGAUUUGGCGCCAACUGCUAUUUAUUAUGGGCUGUGUUCCACUUCACUUUAAACAUCCACUCGCUAUCUUCCCCAAGCACUUCUCCAGGGGGGAAUCCCCACCGCCAUUUUGGAAGUUGGUAACACUUCAUUAAUCAAACAGUAAUAUCAAGAAUAUGACAAAACCACUCACUGUUUUGGCUGGAUAACUUUAGUAACUUUAAAAAAUAUUAACAUAAUGUAAUAAAACAG